UAGUUUUUUAAUUAACGCCUGAUGGGAGAGAAAGUCAAUUGAAAAGUAUUCAACUCAGUGCUGCACAUUGUUAAAUAAAUUAGUGUACAAAUUAUUCCUCGUGAUUUGCUCGACAAUAAACCAUCCAGAAUGGAUCAACUGCAGCUGUUGCGGCAGAUGGUUCAGCACAACCGGUGCCUCACUUGUUUCGACCGUGUGGAGGCCGACGCUCGCACUACCGAGGACUUGGAAGUGUUUCAAAUCGUUAGGCAGCACCUGUGGUUCACGGAAACGGAUUUGACACAGACCGCCUCGAUUUGCGCCGGUUGCUGGGAAAGCAUCGAUGGGUUCCAUCAGUUCUAUAUGGGCGCUCAACAGCUCUACGAAAGGAAAGAAAUGCCUUUCGGUUUGGAGCAGAAGUGCAUUAAGGAGGAACGGACGGAGGUUUUCUUGGUGGAAAUGGGACAAGCGGACGAAAUGGAGAUCAAGCAGGAAUGCGAUGAAAUCGAGGAUAGUGAUGCUUUGGUACAUGAACAGAGUCAGGAAGCGAAUGACGUGUUGGUUGAUCAGCAGAUGAAGGAGGAAUCCGAGCAUUAUAGCGAUGAUGAGGAUGACGAUGCGGAGGAUGAUGGUGAUAGAGAGGACGAAGGUGAUGAUCCGGAUCAAGUUAUAAAGCAGCACGUAGUAUUGGAUUGCGACCAGUGCGAAGCAUCAGACUUAACAUUCAAGGGCUUGAUGACGCAUUUGCAGAAAUCUCACAAUGUGAUUAAAUGUUACGUGACAUGCUGUGGUGGUCGCUACCAUACGCGGGUUCGCUUGCUGGAACAUGUACAAUACGCACAAGACCCGACGUCUUUCAAAUGCGAACACUGCGAGAAGCCACAUUAUUUCAUCAACGGUCCGGCGUUGAAGCGACAUUUGAAGGUGAAGCACAAGCUCCAAGUGACAACACGUUCUUACAAUCUGACGAAUCGCCUCAAUAAAACGAAAACACCAGCCGAAAAGUCUGAGGAGCAACUGAAGAGAAUCGAAGAGCUGGAGAAGCGGCGUACGAGCAAGGCCGCCGAAGAUAAAAUGAUGCGAGAUCAUGUCCAGUUUGGGUGUAUUCCGUGCGGAACGACGUUCGAAACGUACGGUGAGCUGUUCCGGCACAGCCGGAUCGAACACAAGCAGAAACCGGUGGUGGUGUGCUGUGGCAAUCGUUACCACAACCGGCCACGAUUGUUGCAGCAUAUCCAGUCGGUGGUGAAUCCGGUGGCGUUCCGGUGCGAGCUGUGCUUCCGAUGCUUCAAGAGCGACUACGCCAGGAACAAACACGUGGCGGAGAUGCACCCGACGGACGACGCUAUCAAGUAUCAGUGCGAACGCUGCCCGAAGGUGUUCAUCCGGGAGAUCAAAUUCCGGCAGCCUAGAAGUUACAUUGUUGACUUCAGUCGCUUGUACUAA